AUGGCUGCAGUAGCAGCAACAGCAGCAGCAGUGACGGCGGCGGGUUGCGGCUCAGUAGCCGCGGCUGCAUGCGGGGGAGCGGGCGUACCUGGUGGAGUAGCUGCGGCACGAGGUCGCUUUCCCGGCAGGCCGUGGACGUCGCGGAGCCGUCUGCGUUCGGAGAAGCGGUGGCAGCUGGGCCGCUCGGUUACGGAGCUGGACGAGCUCGGAGGUGGAGGCCUGAGGCCCGGCUGCCUGGCGUUUGCGUGCGGAGAGGACCAGCCUUACAUGCGCCUGCUGGGCAUCGAAGCGAGCUACAACUGCCUGGGAGAGGCCGGCUACAGCUCGAGCGCUAGCGAAGAGGGGUCCGAAUUCAGAGGCUUUGAAGCUGAAAAUCAUGGCAGCAUUGUUCAAGAACAAAAAAGACGAAAACCACCAAAACGAAAUAGGGCGUUUGUUAGAGUAACAAAAAGAAAACGUAGAAGACCAGCACCUAUAGCAGCCACAGAUGUGCAAAAAAGUCAGAUGCCUGAGAAUGAUCUUGAAUCUACACAGCAACCACACAGUGAAGAGUCCCCUAAUGCUGCAUUGACCAAAGAUUCUGGUCCUGGCUCAGUUAAGCUAGCAAAACCAAGACGCAGAAGAGGCACUGCAAAAGAACUAGUUUCAUCAGCUCCAAGAAUCACCAUCAAGUUGGUGACUAAGAGGAGAAUUAGAGGGGCUUCAACACAGCAGUCACAGUCGAAGGAAAACCAAUGUGCCAUUGUCUCAUUUGCUCAAGUAAAACUCAAGAGAGGUGAAACAUGUGCAGAUACCAAUUCUGCUGUGGUUAAAAAAGAGGUUUUCUCAAGAAGACGAGGAAGAUCUGCCUCUGUUCCCUCAAGUGUGCCUGACACAAAGGUUGAUUACCAAAAAUUAGAAGAUAAUUUGAGGAAGUCUGCCCGCAAGACUCGAUCUGCAUCAUGUCAGCAAAACACUGAGAAGAAUGAGACAGAAGCCACAGACAGUUCUUCAAAAGAAAAAACUGAAUUAAACAAGCUUGUCAUUCGUAGAUGGCAAAGAAAAGACUUGGUUCAGCAAUCAGGAGACUUUAACAAUGAGGGCUCUUUGUCCGACUCUGUGUUGGAAGUGUCAACAGUUGAGGAGCAUAAACCACCUUCCAGAAAGAAGAAGAAAAAACGAAAGAAGAAACAUCGGAAAGAAAAGAGUAAUCGAGAGGCCGAUGGCACUUUGUCUGAAAAGCCACCAAGUGGCUCUACCGAUGUGCUGUCCAAAGAGUUUGUGGAAAUUCCAAGAUUAAAACUGAAGCGAAUACGAAACCCAAAACGCAGAUCACGUAAGAAAUGCAGCAAGUUUAUUUGGACCUUAUCAUUAAUAAAGUCCAAAGGCAAAAUUCCACAAACUCAAGAAAAUCUAAGCAAAACACCAGAAAGCCUUAAUCAAAAAACAGGAAGUCCCUCCACAUGUGCAAAAGAACCAGAUGUUUCCACAGAAACUACAUCUAGCCUAGGUGACAAGUCAGAAAAUGAAGAAUGCACUGAAAGUUUCCUCAAAACCCCAAAAGAUGCAGGCAUCAAGAACGCUGAGGAGACCUCUAGAAAUGAUGAGGCGACUUCAGUCGAGGAUACCGAAAAUCCAAGAACAGAUGAAAAGAAGAAAACAAGAAAAGAUGAUGAAGUGAACCUGCUUAAAGAGAAGAAAGUAAAGUCAAAUGAUGCCGAAGUAGCAUUAGCAAAGGAGGAUGGAUUGACUUCGAGUAAAAUUCGAGAAACAAGAUUAAGAAAGCAUGUUGAGGUUUUCUCAAAAACUGAUGGAAACACAACCUCUGAAAAAGACUGUGAGGUGACCCUAAAAAAUGAUAAGGAAGUGAGGCCAAGUGAUGUUGAAGUUACUUCAAUAAAUGUUCGUGAAACAAGAUUAAGAAAAGUUGGUGGAACUGCCUUAAAAAAGAAUGAAGAAGUAACUUCAGACCGUGAGGUGGCCCCAGCAAAGAUUCGACAAGCCAGAGUAAGAAAGAAUAGUGCAGUUUCCUUAAGUAAGAGUGAUCAGUCAAGGUCAGAUGAUGAGGUUGUCCCAAGAAAGAAUCAUGGGGCAAGACUGAGAAAGGAUGAUGUGGUGACCUCAGGAAUUAAUGAGAAACUGAGCUUCAACAAUAGUGUGGUGACCCCUAGAAAUAUUCGUGAGGCAAGAAUAAAAAAGCGUAGUGGGUUGACUUCAGAAAAUAAGGAAACAAGCUCAAACAAGAAUAAUUUAGCCCCAGGUAACAGUCAGUGUGAAAAUCUAGGAAUGGAUGAUGCGGCGAUUUUAAAAAAUGAUGAAGCUAGGUUAAUCGAUAACAAGCUGGACCCUCAAAAAAAUCAGGAGACGAUAUUAAGGAAGGAUUGUGAGGUGACCUCAAAGAAUGAGAAAGCAAUCACAGAUGAGAAUGAGGUAACCCCAAGUAAAAAUCAGGUGAGAUUAGAAAUUAACGAAAGGUUGACUUCAGAAAAAAAUGAAGUAAGAUCAAAUAAUAAUAAAGAGGUGACACCAAUAAAGAAUCGCAGAGCAAGAUCAAGAAAAGAUGGUGGGGUGACCCCAGUAAAAAAUGCACAAGCCAGCUCAAACAAUAGUGAAAUUACUCCAAAAAAGAAUCAGUGUGUGAGACUGAGAAAGGAUGGUGGAGUGACCUCUGGAAAUAAUGAAAACGUGAGGCCAAACACUCAAGUUUCUCCAAGAAAGGAUGAGGUAAAAUCUCCAGUUGGGUCUGAAGUUGUAAAAGAAAUGCAUCGUGAUGAGGUCACACAGUCAGAUUUUGAUCUGGGUGAAGAUUUUGUUCCUCCUUUUCAGAUCAAGGUUGUAUCCUCACCAGGAAAAGAAAGUAGUUUGACGCAGUCAUUUUUAAUCCAACAGGUCACAACUACACCUAAACCAAAAGAAGUUCCUACGGGAGCUGAUCAGUCACCAGCAGAGAUAGAGAAUCUAAAGGACACUAAUGGCUUUCUGAUGCUUAAAGUUAAGCCCAGAUUAAAUCGAAACAUUGCUCGAAAGAAACGCACAAGGCACAGACCUUGGACAGCUUACAGACGAAAAUCUACUAAUACAUCUAGUGGUAACCAUGACUCUAAAGUUACUGGUGAAACAAUAGAUUUAGCCUCUUCAACGGAAACACCAACCACUAAAACCAAACCUAAAACAGGGGAAUUACCAGCAUCAUGUGAACAACAUAAUCUGAGGAAGUGCUCUGGGCAGGCUGUGGUCUCUAAAACAAAAAUGUCUCUUCCAGUGUGUGAAGCAACAUUGCCUGAAGCAACUGGACCCACAAGUGUUGAUUGUGCUGCGCUUCAACCACGUCAAAUAACAGAAACACCCUCUGACACUAAGCUGUCAGCCAAGGAUGCAGCAUCAAUUGAGGUGGUGCUGUCUGCCAAGGAAAUGUCAUUGUCCACGGAGGCUUUGUUACCUUCAGAGGUAUCAUUGGCUAAGGAGGCUCCGUCAUCGGAGAAGUUGUCUUCUGCUGUGGAGCUGCACUCACCAGAGCCAACACUCCAGACCAAGCAGGUAUUAUCGGCUGAGUGGGCAUUGCCAGUUGAGCAGGCAUCGAUGGGCGAACAGACAUCCUCAACUGCUGAAGUUUUAGUUUUAGAACCUCCUGUCCCAGAUCAAGGUCAGUCCCCUCAUAAAAUUCCAAAUUCCAAAAACAAGCAGAGCAAAAAAAGGAGAAGGAAUUUGAUAGGUCAGAGGUUAAAAGUUCGCAGAAAGAGGCUGUUAUCAAAACCGUCAACAAAAGGAGAGGGUGAUGAUUCCUCAACUGUGGUAUCCCCUGAUUCUGCGCGGUCAAAACUAGUUGGCAUACUUAAGACCAAGUACAGAAGUCAGCAGGUUUCCUCAAGUCUUCCAAACUCUCUUGAGGAAAGAAGGAGGAGGGCAAAACUAUUUGCACAGCAAGUGGAAAGGGAUCUCCGGUUUCAUAGUAAUGAUCAGCCAGAAAAGACUUCUGAGAUCGAAGAAAAAGAUCUGACAACUCCUGAAGCACAGCCUGGUAAAACAAAAUUUGUUAAGAACAUUAAGCAUUUCAUAAUGCCUGUGGUUAGUGCUCGCUCCUCACGGGUAAUUAAAACACCAAAGCGAUUUAUGGAUGAUGCUGACAUGUCAGAUUUGCCUCGAAGAAAGAAAGGUCAACAGUUGGCAUUGAAUCCAAAGUCCAAAAAACGAGACAGUGGUGAGAAAGAAGAGCCAGUCUCCCUUCCAGUAUCAGAUCAUGAUGAUAUUGUACACAAAGCCCAUUUAGAUCUUGAUUUGUCUUCUGCUGAAGAUUCCAAAUUUGAACCAUUAUUAGAUGACCUGGUGAACCUAGGAGAAGAGAAGUCCCCUGACAAGAGACGGUCACUGCUCAGAGAACCGGAUUUUAACUGGCAAGUACUGGAGCCUGCAGGUGCAGAUCUCUUUGAUUUUGAUCCAGAUUUUGAGAAAGAAUGUGAGGCCUUGUUAUCCGCCAAAGAUUUUCCAUUUGAUUCUCUGAUUGAUCCACCACAGACGAAGAAACCUUGCAUGAAAUUCAAGAAGCAAACGUCGGACCUAAAGUUAUAUAAGAAACUUAGAGAUAACCUGAACUAUGGCCCUAAAAGAAAAACACAACAAAAGAUUCCAUCGGGUGAAGCAAGAAAAGAUGUUUUACCCUUUGCUGAAGAAAAAAGAGAGGAUGUGGAGAAAGAGGAUAGUUUAAUUCAGCCUCUUUCAGACAUUAAAAAGGAAAAGGCUAAAUUGAAGAUUGAGGAUCUAGACACUCCAGGAGUUGUUCGUAAAGUGUCCAUCUGUGUGCGGGCUCUUGGCUCUAAGUUACUGGCUCAGCAUCAGGAGGAGCAGGUGGAUGAGAUGCCCGAUGAAUUCUCCAUUCAUACAGACAUUUCGCUUCCCAAGAAGACGUUGGACAUGGACAAACUGUUCUUGGCUGAAUCCGGAGAGAAAAAAGCAGGGCGUCUCGAUCAGAAGAGGAAGACCGAUGCCAUUGUCUCCAAGGAGAAAGGUGUUUUCCAACGUCCCCAUCUCACUGGUGCCAACAAGCGUAUGUUCAACCUUCUUAAGAAAGCCAAGGUUCAGCUUAUCAAGAUUGAUCAGCAGAAGCAACUCAAGUCAUCAGGGCUCCUUCCAGAAGGUGUAAUGACUGCAGCAAAGAGGCGAAUAAGUAAAGCAAAGGCAUCUGUUGAGGGAACCUGCCCCAUCAAGCCAGAUGUUCCUCCAGAGCAGGAACCAUCUAGAGGAGGGCCACGCAUUAAGCAUGUCUGCAGAGCUGCAGCAGUGGUUUUGGGGCAGCCUCGCGCCAUGAUCCCUGACGACAUCCCCCGACUUAGUGCUCUCCCUCUGCAUGAAAGAUUAGGCAUUUCUCCAUCACCCACUACUAAAGAUGUCGAAUCACACUCUGACCCAGACAGCCCUCACAUUCAAGAUCAAAGGACGCCCAAGUUUCGCAAAGGAAGCAGAGCACAUGGGAAUCGCUCAAGUAAACGCAGAUGUGGGGAGUGUAAGGGCUGCCUCCAUGAAGAGGACUGUGGCAAGUGUGUUAACUGCCUGGACAAACCUAAGUUUGGUGGACCCAACACCAAACGACAGUGCUGUGUGUUUAAAAGAUGUGAUAUGGUUGAAGAACGGAAGGCUAUACGACUUGGUAAACUCCAUAAAGGGCAAAUAAAGCGGCAUCGAUCAUCAGUCAGUGCUGGCCACUCGAGUAAUGAGGAGGGUGAGGUGACAGAGGGAGCUUCUGCAGGAGACAGUCAGAGCCCCUCACUACGCAAGCAACCAAAGCGAACUGUUAAACCACGUUACUACUGCGAUCUGCUGGAAUACGACUCAGACCUUGAAACCAACGUGAACAAAACUCCAAAUUCCAUCUCACCAGCCCGGAGGAGAGUGCCCGGUUCACGCAACGCAGACUUUGUGUCACUGGAAGACUUUGUCGGUGAUGGACUUGAUGAUGGUAUACGACAGCGAAAGCCUGGAUUACACAGAGUUCCAACUAUCAGACGGAAACCUGAAAAGAGUACCUCGGAGCAAACACCCCCCAGUGUACUGGCAGCCUUGGCUAAUGGAUUUGCUCAGAGAACGAAGGAGCUGUCUGAACCCACAUACAAGAUCCGUAUUGACUUUAAGGAGGACUUUAGCCUGCAGAGCUUGUGGUCAACAGGAGGCAUGAGCAUCCUUACUUCUGUGCCUCUCAUGCCUCCAUCGGUGUGCCUGCUAUGUGCCAGCAAAGGACAACAUGAGAUGUUGUACUGCCAAGUGUGUUGUGAGCCUUUUCAUCUCUUCUGCUUGGAGCCAUCGGAGCGGCCUGAGGAAGAGAAUAAAGAGAACUGGUGCUGCCCUUGUUGCAAGUCUUGCCGUGUUUGUGGUCGCAAGAACAAACAUUCCAAACCCCUUCUAGAGUGUGAGCGAUGUCAGAACUGCUAUCACCCAGCCUGUUUAGGGCCUAACUACCCCAAACCCAACAAGCGCAAAAGGACCUUGGUGUGUAUGACUUGUAUCAGGUGUAAAAGCUGUGGCGUGACUCCGGGGAAGACUUGGGACACUGAGUGGAAUCUUGAUAAGGGCUUCUGUCCUGACUGCACCCGGCUUUAUGAUCAAGGUAACUAUUGCACAAUGUGCUUCAAGUGCUAUGAGGAUAAUGACUAUGAGAGUCAGAUGAUGCAGUGCUCUAUAUGUAACCACUGGGUCCAUGCCAAGUGUGAGGGCCUGACAGAUGAUCUGUAUGAGAUCCUGUCGAGUUUGCCCGAGAGUGUGGUGUACUCAUGUCAGCCGUGCACUCAAGCACAGCCCGGUGCUGCACAAGAGAGUGAAGCGGGUGGAGGAUGGAGGGAACUGCUGCAGAUGGAGCUCCGAGCUGGAGUGGAGAAAGUUCUCGCAUGCCUGCUUAGCUCUACGCUCACCCAGCACCUGGUCACCUGCAAAGAGUGUGCGGCGCUGUGUGACCCUGCUGGAGGAGAUGAUGAAGUGGAAGAAGAACUUCCUAUUUGUGAUUUACGUGCAGUGGGGAAAAAGUUUGAUAAUGGCCAUUACUCCACACUGAAAUCUUUUCAUGAGGAUGUGGUUAGGGUAGUUCGCAGAAAGCUUGAAGAGGAGGAAACCUUACCGGAGGAUCAAAGACCCACUGCGUUGGCUCGCUCCUACUACCUGAAGCUGAUGGAGGAGGUUUUUAGCUGGUUCAACAGUCAGGACCCUAAAGUGUGGGAUCCACGCUCCAAACAUCUGCCAGCUGGAAUGCUUUCACAUGCUGUCGUACCCCCCACAAAUGAGCACAUAUUUGCCCAGUGGCGGGAGAGAGAGAAGAGCAGGUCUCUAAACAGCACCAUGCCAGCAGUGAGAGGGCACUCAGAGGUUAAAGGAGAGGAUGAAGCAGAUCUCUCCACCUCACCUCUUUAUAGACCUGUUAGUACCCAUGAGGACUUGGGCUUACAUUACAAGCCAACAGGAAAAAAGAGCCAGGGAUCAAAAGAAGAUUUGGACACUGGCUGGUCAAAAGAGGAUGAGCGGCAGUGUGUCUUGUGUCAGAAGUAUGGGGAUGCAAAAUCCAGUGAUGCAGGGCGCUUGCUGUAUCUGGGUCAAAAUGAGUGGGCUCACGUGAACUGCUCCAUGUGGUCAGCAGAGGUGUUUGAAGAGAACAAUGGUUGCCUCAUGCAUGUGCAUAGUGCUGUUGCUCGAGGUCGUCUUAUGCGUUGUGAACGGUGUAACCAGACUGGAGCAACAGUGGGUUGCUGCCUUACGUCCUGCCAAAGUAACUACCACUUUAUGUGCGCCCGUUCCCGUAACUGCGUCUUCCAAGAUGACAAGAAAGUGUUCUGCUACAAGCAUCGCAACCUCAUCAGUGGAAAGAUUAUUACAGGACAAGGAUUUGAGGUGCUCCGUAGGGUCUUUGUGGACUUUGAAGGGAUCAGCCUUCGCAGGAAGUUUUUGACAGGAUUAGAACCAGAAUACAUUAAUAUAAUGAUUGGUUCUCUUCAGGUCUGCAGACUUGGAAAGCUGAAUGAAUUGUCAGUUAGCCAGGGAAAACUUUUUCCUGUGGGUUAUGAAUGCUCUCGUUGGUACUGGAGCACAAUAAACCCACGUCGUCGCUGCAAGUACACGUGCCGGGUUUUGGAGGUACGACCACCAGUUCAAGAGAAGCCAGUAGAAGACUUGCCUGAGCUGGGAGACAACCGGACUAUUGCUCACAGUCCAUGUUCCCAAACAGAACCAGAAACAGCAGAAGAUAUGACACCUUUAACACCCAGUUCAGUGUCUCCCUUUGCUAAGCCUGACCAUAAUUCUCGACCCAAAGUCUCUGGCUACCCUCUAAAUAGAAGACCAGCUGGAGGACUAUAUAGACCACUACCAUCUCCAGGUGUUGCUCCAUCUAAGUCCCAUCAUAUUUUGACUAUCAGCGAUCUUGAAGAUGCCCGCAGACCACGAAGGAACAACCCACACUUGCAGAAUACCGGGAUUCGUAGACAACCACCCACUGGCUCAGCUGGGUGCUCUCAUCACUCAAAAACCACCCAGCUUACCUCCCCAGUUUUCCCGCAUGGUGCUACUGAUAACCUGUUGACCUCCUCCUCAGCCCGCCCUGUGGGUCGAAGCGCUUCCUUUUCCCGGGGUCCCGGAAUACUGGCACCCCAUUCUACCUCAGGACUGUUUCCAGAGCCCAUGUGGCAUGAUGGCGCUGGCAGCACCCCUUUCUCUAACCAGUCCCUGUCCUCUCCUACUCCUCCUUCAAGACCAAGGCUGCCUUUUGAUCUUAAUUUGUUAGACUCUCCUGAACUGCCACAUAAUUUAAUGGCAUCACCACAGGAACUGCCUGCAGCAAAUGGAACCUCACUGUUCAGAGAUGCUGUGGAUUCAGAGAAAGGUCAGACAGAAAAGGAGUUCCCCUACACUCCAUUUCAAUUGGACUCAGACUUGAGUGUUGUAUCAGAACUUAAAUCUGAGCUUGAAAUUGAGGCAACAGUGCUAAAUGAGGGAGUAGCUGAGGGUGAUGAAAAUCAAGAAGAAUUCUGGGACCAAGACAUGGAAGUGCCGGCUGGAAGAUUACCUCUUGCUGCAGACACAUGUGCAGAGGACUGGGGUAAUAGUUCCUCAGAUGAAGAUAUGGGAAAUUAUUUCGACUUUUCACGAACUGUAGUUACCUGCAAGGGCUCAAGAGAUACCUCAAAGAGCCCUGCUUCCUCCAGAAGAUCAAUUUCCCAACUAGAUGGUGUAGAUGAUGGGACAGAGAGUGAUACAAGUGUGUCUAGCAGUAGUACCCAGAAUUUAAAGAAGCUGACUCAGAAACCACCUCAGUCUCUUGAUCUUGGUCAGUCUCAUAAACAGAUCACCAGUAAUGGGCUAUGUGCAGAACUCCCUAGAGAACGGUUUGGAUCUCUUUCAUUAAGUGGUACUACUGAUCAAAAUUCCAGUAAUCCAGUCUGUUUUGAUGCCUACCAGAACACGGACUUUAUUGCUCAGACAUUUGAGUCAAGUUCCCUGGUACCUCUUCAGGAGACUUCCAUCAAUACUGUUGUGCCAAAGGACAUGGAUUCAACCUAUUCUGAGUUUACGGCAGACUUGAGGUUACCUCUUAUUUUGGACAGAUGUGACCCACCCUCUCCCAGCACUUGCUUUACUGAGUUGCUUCCAGUAAAAGAUGAUUCUCACUUUGACACUCCGGAAACCGUGAAUACAAAAGAAAUCUACCUGGAUCAUAACAGUGGUCACUUUGUUUCAUUCCUUGAUGGUUCUACAAUUUAUUCAAAUAACUUGUCAGAUGGUACUUCAGAAGUCUCCAUGCCAGACUCCUUUAAAAGUAUCAAGGAGUCAGUGUCAGCUGCACCAACAUCAUCUUCUAAUUCAAAUUCUACAUCAUCCUCUAAAAUCACUUCAUACCCUAUCCAGCCCCAUGACAGCAAAACAGUUCUUCCACCAAUGGAGAGCUUUACAAACAAGAAUCCACCUCUAGAUGCUGGUUCCCAUGUCCAGUCAGUUCCUAGUGGAGCAAUGUGUGCAAAUUCGUCUUCUCAGCCAGAUUUAAAUCUUCCUUUAUCAUUAGGCAGCAGUGUAUCUUUUGCAUCCAUUGGGUCAGUGUGUGGUUCUGUGUACCCAGCUAAUACACAACCUGUAGCCACAGCAACAGUCAGCAUAGUCCCCUCUGCAACCUCCCAGACAUCUGUUCAGUGCCAUUCAGUGCCCUCUAUUAUUCAACCAGUCUCUGGACCUCUUGUUGUUAACGGCUAUAGCUCCCUGCCUGUGCAAGCGGAUGGUGCCUCUGGACAUACAAUUUCCAUAAACUUUGCAAAUCCAAGACCAACAAUGGAUCCUCAACAACAGGUCACCCAAGCAUUACCAGGACAUGCAAUUCUCACUGUGAAAGAGGUUGGUGGACCCAAUGUGGAUCCCACCCCUCACGUUUUACUUGUUAAUCGUCUCGGUCAAAUUUUCGUUAAGAACCCUAAAAGUAACACCUUCCAGCUACCUAGUCCCAACUCACCUUCAUACAACUGUGUUACGCAAAUUGCCAGUCUUCUGCAAAGCAACACACUUUCUGCUACACUGGCUGCUGCAGGUAACUUACCAACAGUUUCUGGAGCCACCAUACCAGCCCAAGUCCCCGCUCUAGGGGCACCUGUGGUUCAGACCUCCAAUACAAUUACCCAGCUCCUUACCUCUAACGGCAAAGAAACAACAACACCACCGGAAGUCAAGAAGUCAAAGCGAAAUACAAAAGAUUCCACGGAUAACACUGGAGUUAAGAAGUCGCGGACAAAAAAGGAAUCUUUAACAUCAUCCAAAACCAAGUCUGUUAUUAAGCCUGGAUCAGCGGACAAUCAUGCAGAAAGUGCUCAAGCCAUUAUAAACCAAGCUAUGGCUGGGUAUUAUGACCCAAAACGAAAUGCUGGCAAAGUUCUCAGUCCCUUUGCCAGACCUCAAUCACAGAGUUCCAUAGUUACCCCCCCAGCCCUUAAAUCAGAGACCUCCGACUCACCACCAUCUACUCCACAGUCAGCUUCUUCUAGACCAAAGCAGGUUCGAAUAAAGAGAGUUUCCACUUUCUCGGAACGAGUAGCCAUAAAAAAAUCCAAGUCUGACUUUGUAGAACCGGAACUGUCCAGUGGCCCUGAAGAGCAACACAUGUUAAGUUCUGCUGCUGCAAGGUGUGGGGGAGUUCGCAUCAAAGCUCCAUCUGUCAAAGGCGUCUUAGACCUGGACAAGCUUAAUGAAGAGCAAAGCAGUGAUUCAGAGAGUACAAGGCCAGGACUGUGGGAGUGUUUAUCAGGGUCUCGGUGUGGAGAUAAUGGAAAACCACAGAGCUGGGAUGCCACAGGGUGCAGUUCUCUGUCCGACUGGAACAAAUACUCAGGGAUGAUGUCAUGCUCGGAUGAUGAAGCAUCUGUGCCAGAAAGUAAAGAAGAGUGCCCUCCAAGAGGAGACCAGCCCCAUUUACGCUUUGAGAUUUGCAGUGACGACGGCUUCAGUGUGGAGGCAGACAGCAUUGAGGUGGCUUGGAGAGCAGUGAUUGAUGGGGUGCAGGAGGCUCGAGCUGCUGCCAGCUUGAGGCAGCUGUCCUUCACUGGGAUAAGUGGUGCCCGUAUGAUGGGUUUGCUGCAUGAUGCUGUGGUUUACUUGGUGGAGCAGCUUCAAGGAGCCAAAAGCUGUUACCGUCACACUUUCCGCUUCCAUAGACAGCCUAGCCAGGAGGAUGACUUGCCUAUUAACCCCAGUGGUUGCUCACGCUCUGAGGUCUACCUGAGAAAGUCUACUUUCGACAUGUUCAACUUCCUGGCUUCUCAGCACAGACAACUUCCUGACACAGACCUGUAUGAUGAAGAGGAGGAUGAUGUUCUGCUCAAAUCAAGCAGGCGUGCGACCAGUUUGGAGCUUCCCAUGGCAAUGCGCUUCAGACAUUUAGAAAGAACUUCCAAAGAAGCAGUUGGGGUUUACAGGUCGGCCAUUCAUGGGCGAGGACUGUUCUGUAAGAGAAACAUUGAGGCAGGUGAAAUGGUCAUCGAGUACUCAGGCAUCGUCAUUCGCUCUGUUCUCACAGACAAACGGGAGAAAUACUAUGAUGGAAAGGGUAUUGGCUGCUACAUGUUCCGCAUUGACGACUUUGAUGUGGUCGAUGCAACCAUGCAUGGUAAUGCCGCGAGAUUCAUCAACCACUCGUGUGAGCCCAACUGCUACUCCCGUGUCAUCAACGUAGAGGGGCAAAAACACAUUGUCAUUUUUGCCCUGCGCAAGAUCUACCGGGGUGAGGAGCUUACUUACGACUACAAGUUUCCCAUCGAGGAUGCCAGCAACAAGCUCGGCUGCAACUGCGGAGCCAAGCGCUGCCGCCGCUUCCUGAACUGAGGAAAGUACUGAAGAGGCUGGAGGCUAGCUAUAUAGCGCAGAUGCAGUAACCUGCAGGUACAAGGGUAUGUUCUUACCACUGAGAUGUUUAGGUGUUUUUUGAAAUGGGGCUUAGAUUCACCGGACAAAUCGGAAAAUAAUGGAAAUGGAUGCAGACCAACUGAGGCAGGAAAACAUAUCUGCUGUAAAAAACGCAUGGUGUAUAAAUGAUCAUGCACCAAAUUGUGGUUACCAUUUCUAAGAAAAUGCAUUGUCAAAGACAGUAGAAACGGAAAGGCACAUUCCCAAUGAUAACUUUAAGGGUGCAACUGAAACAUGUAUACUGUGUCCUAGUAUUUCAUGUAGAUCAUGCAAGGGCCAGAUUACAGUUGCUUGAAACUUGAUAAAGCCCAUCAGUUAAUUACUAUAUUUAGUAGGUCCAUUAGAUCAUGGAAAUAACCAAGCUCUGCUGGACCCUGAGUUCUUCGUACAAAAGCAUAUAAGUGGUUGCUAUGUCUAUUUUAGCUCAUAAAGCGGUUUUGGUUCCUGUAAGGAUGUUGAGUGUGUGGUCUUUUUAAAGCAGAUGCAAUUCUGCACUCCUUACUCGUUUUAAAAUUCAACUGCAUACUCCUGCACCUAGUGCAAAUAGAUGUACAUGAGUUUUGUGAAUGAGAAUAUUCUAUAACUCAAUGAAUAUAUGACUAAGAGAGCGAAAGUUAGAGAAAUAUAUCUAUAUAUACUUUUAACUGAGAUGUUUAUCUGUGAUUCUCAUGCUAGUAUAGGACUUGAUGUUUAGCAGAAGAAUGGCUUUAUUCUGCUCAGGAAGAUGCUGUGAAGCCCUGCAAUACGCCAUGACGAUCGUUCCAUUUGUAGAUUUUUCGUAAAAUCAGCCGUUAAGCUCUGAAGCCACUGCUGUAAGAUGCUUAAUUCCUGUGUAUAUUAUUUAUUUCUUUACUUUGUGUUUAAGGUUAAUUUACUCAUGCAGAAACAUCUGUCGCCCUUGUUGGGACCCUGCUGUUUUAUACUGUAUGUUAAAAGUUUUGCCAAUUUCUUACCUUUUUAUCCUUUGUCUUUGUCUUCAUGGUGCUAGACUUAACAAAAGUCGUGAAAUAAGUGGGAACUUUUUUUUUUUUUUUUUCUCCUUCUUCUUCUUGGUUUUUCAUUAAUUGCAGUAUAAGAGACUUUUUUGAGUACUUGAUGUUUUAAAUGUAGAUCAUUUCUUUAAGUAUAAAGAAUAAAACUAUUUUUUUCUGCUGUUAAAUAAAACACUACUUUUACAUUUCGCUAAAGAUAUCCUGAUGAUGCACAAAUGCUCAAGAAAGUCUCUCAAUGCAGUUAUUUAGAAUUAUUGUUUCCAGAAUGCAUUACUGAUAUUUCUAAACUUGUUAAGAAUUACUGGUCGGUCUUUCAAAUAAUGAUGACCUAGCACUCAGCACCUUGACGUUCCUGCAUUUUAAGAUUUAAGACAAUUUGAAUUCUUUUAUUAUGAGGAACUACAUAUAAACCAAUGCCAAUUUGACAGUUUGUCCUAGAAAGACAAGAUCACUCAAGCUUUAUGGUUGUAUUUAUUGUUCUUAGUGUUUAGAUCACGGGAGCAGACAGAAUUUUUCUUGGGCCAAGAUCUUGCCACAGCUGAUUUUGUUUACAUAUCUUUUUCUCUUCUUUUUUCUUCACUUGAACAUUAUUCAAGGAGUUCUUGUAGUCCAGAUGUUUUAAAAUGUUUCGAAUCAUUUUUAAUAGUAAGCUUUUAGUUGGUUUUAAAAAUGUAACCAGCCACAUACUUUUGGAUAAACUCCUAUCCUGACUAUGGGCUAGUAUCCAGCUCUUGAAUAACAGAAAAGGAGCAGCAGUUGAAGGAUGUUCCCCACCCAUAAACUCAGCUCAGUAUAAACAAACACCCUUUUGGUCAUUUUCCUGUCUUGUCUGUCCCUCCUUCUGGACAAAAUAAUCAUGCAUCGAUUAGAAUUUGAACCAUUUUUUCUGAACUUGCAAGGAUUCUACCUCAGGCUGUUCAGACAGACUGUCAGAGAAUACUAAUGCAAAUCUUAGAUGACGAUGCGAUAUCGCUCAGUCUUAAACGUCCUGCAGAGUCAGCAUGUGUGCAAUGAAGGAUGCAAAGCACUAGUCAAGAACGUCUGUACCGAUCUGUCUCCUAAAGUCAUGUGGAAAAAGUGUAUGUUCGUACAUAAGGUUAUUUUAAAAACUGUUGAGAAAAGACUUCAAAGUGAGAAAGUGUGUCUUUUACUACCUUGUACAAAGUACCUUGAGUUUGUAAAUAAUUGUAUACAUAUUUCUAAACCUGUUUAAUUUUUCUAUGCACUUUUUUAUUUAUGAUGUUAUUUGCUUAAUAAAGACGUUACAAUGUUUGAACAAA